AUGGCCUCCGCCGCAGCAACUGAGCGAUUUUAUUUCUAUUUCUGCCACCAAUGCAACCACAACGUGGCCAUCUCUCGCAUGCCCAACACUGAUCCACUCUGCCCCAGUUGUCGCUACGGGUUUCUUGAGGAAAUUGAUGUCCCGAGGCUGAACCCUAAUCGUGACCCGGUUGACCCGUUGGCCCCAUCAAAUGCUAGGACGAUUACUGGGGUUCAUUAUGGGCCGAGGGGGCCGACCUGGAAUCAUCCUUCUGGCGGUGAGGGUUUACCUUCCAAUUUAGUGGAUUUUUUUAUGGGACAAGGGCUUGAGAAGUUAAUUCAGGAGCUGGCUGAAAAUGACCCGGAUCGAUACGGGACCCCACCUGCUUCGAGAACUGCUGUGGAGGGGCUUCCUGAUGUUGUGGUUGAUGAUAAGUUGUUAGGGUCUGAUUCGGCACAGUGUGCUGUCUGUCAAGAUGAUUUUGAGAAGGAUAUGGUUGUUAAGCAGAUGCCUUCCAAGCAUGUGUAUCAUUCUGAGUGUUUGUUGCCGUGGUUGGAACUGCAUAAUUCUUGCCCUGUUUGUAGGUAUGAGUUGCCUUCUGAUGAUCCUGAUUACGAGAAUCGGGCAAGGGGCAUUGCUGCUUCUGGAGGUGAGAAUGAUGCAAGUGGUAAUGUGAGGUUUGGGUCUCCUGGGUCCCAGACUGAUACUGGGGAUGAUGAGGAAGGUGGACAGUUUAGGAGUUUCGUGGAGAGGACUUUUAGUAUCAUGUUCAGGCCUCGUAAUUCCGGGACUGAUAAUAGUGGCGGGGAUUCAGGUUCUAGCUGUCCUCAGAACAUGGGCACAAAUUAG